AUGACAUACGGUUCAUGCUAUCCUUUCAAACCCCUUCAAGUUGUUCGUGAUAUUCAAUGCCGGCCGGCUGGCAGCCUCGGACUUAGUCUUUCUCAUCUUCUUCCCCUCUUCCAGACGCGCAUGAUAGCGUACCUUGCUCGGCCUUCUCACCCCCGACCCCCCGAGCUCCAGGCCGAGGUGAAGGAUUCGAACGGAGUCCGAACUGAUAACCGGACGGACGAACAUCGGAGAUACACCCCAUCACCAAUAUGGAAGUUUCCGCAAGCUUUUGGUGGCGAUAUUUGGUGUUGGUGUUGUGCUGCUGUGCCGUACAUCGUGUCUAAUUCCCCCCGCUCUUUCACAUCCAAAACUCCAAGGAAAAAGCAACAGCUUGCAUCGUGUAAACUACACGAUUUGGUGCUAGUGUUGAGUUAACCGCGCGCUUAGGCGCUUCUGGGACUAUUGAAUCUGUUGUCGUGGGGAUGUUGGUGAUUUUGAGUCGUCGUCUGGGCGAAUGGGUGAGGUGUGAGGGUUAGACGCAUGUUGGCUUGGAUUUGAUGACGAGCUAGCUUCAAUAUUCAGGCGCGCUGAACUUGUGUUCUUCGUGUUAAUGGUUACACAGGUUUGAAACGGAUCUUCUUGAUGAGGUGACGGUGUUGAUGUGAGGUUCGAGUUAGUGGGCCGGACUUUGGGGUGUGAUGCUUAUGUUGGUGUUGAUAUGGGGUAACUCGGUGGAAGUAAACAUUGAACCUGGCUGCUGGGUGCGCAGUAAUACCGUUCAAGAAUGAGGCUUCCCAUUGGCGGUGAGGAGAUACUGUCGGAGUUUCUUCUGCUGGUAAUACAAUUUUGUUGAUCCUGCCUGCUGUCCUAUUCUACUUGUUCGCAACUAGUGAUCAUUGAGGUUAGCCAUAUCUUCACUGGUUACAAUCACCACAGCAAGACUCGGUGGCGCUUCUUGGUCAUGUCUUGGUCAACAACUCCAGCUGAUGGCGAUAGAGCCGUGCUCGUGGUACGACAUCUUGACAAGACACCCCAACCCCCAAAGGAGAUAACGUCCUCCCCAAACCUACCAUCCCUCCCCCAGAAGGAGAUAACCCAUCGCAUCUUGUCAAGAGAUAGGCGGGUGGUGGGUUAAAAACAAUACCUCAGCCAGCCAGCAGCAGCC